AUGAAGAACGUAUACACAACAUUGGGCUUUGCCUUCGGCGCCUCUGCCGCUACCCUCACUGCUCGCGACCAAUGCUGCUUCUCUCUGACCGCUGCUGGUGGUAAGAGCGGCGCUGUGGGCGAGCUCUCAGAUGGUCAGACUAGGAUCGGUCAGACUGCUGGACUUGAUAUUGGAAACGCAAACUUCUGCCUCAGCAACGGUGGUAUCACCGACGGCAAUGGCCGAGGAUGUAUCCUGACCCCACCUACGACCCAGUUCCAAUGCGAUGUUGGCGCCGCACCUACUACUGGUUUCGCAAUCAGCUCGAGCGGUGACUUGACCUACAAUGGCAACACCCAAUUCUACGCCUGCGCUACUGGAGACAACGGCGGUUACAACAUCUACACCACCACUUCCAGCGCCCAGACUGGAUGUGUCAAGAUCACUCUUAACACUGGUGGCAAGUGCGCUGGUUCUAACGGAUCAGGAAGUUCUUCAGCUCCUGCGUCCUCUCCCGCUUCUUCUAAGCCGGCAUCGUCGGUUCCUGCUUCGGCCCCCAGUGUUCCAGCAUCGAAGCCCGCCUCGUCAGCUCCUAGCGCUCCUGUCUCGGCCCCUAGUGCUCCCGCUUCGGCUCCCAGUGUUCCAGCAUCGAAGCCUGCCUCGUCAGCUCCUAGUGCUCCCGCUUCGGCCCCCAGUGUUCCAGCAUCGAAGCCCGCCUCGUCAGCUCCUAGCGCUCCUGUCUCGGCCCCUAGUGCUCCCGCUUCGGCUCCCAGUGUUCCCGCUUCGAAGCCUGUUUCACCCCCUGCCGGAAACACCGUGACUGUCUACCAGCCCACCACCGUCUAUGUUACCAACUGUGCUGCUGCCUGUACACCUGUCGGUCCCGCUUCUCAGCCCGCUGGAUCCAAGCCUGCAUCGGCCCCCAACGCACCCGCAUCAGCCUCCAGCGUACCCGCAUCAGCUCCUAGCGCACCUGCUCCGUCUGCUCCCAGUGCUCCCGCAUCAGCUCCUAGCGCACCUGCUUCGUCUGCUCCCAGUGCUCCCGCUUCGGUCCCUAGCGCUCCUGCCUCGCAAUCCGCCGGCUCGAAGUCCGCCCCUGCUCCCAGCGGCACUCAGACCGGUGGCAACGGAGGCAACGGUGGCGCAUGCCAGACCACCCUUACCGGUGCUUACCAGACUCCCCAUGCCAUCAUUCCUGUCAACAAGGACCAGCCCAGCACCUCGUACGGCACUCAAUACUUUGCCUACCUGAGCUCUUCCAACAGCACCGUCUUCAACUUCGACGUCCCCGCUUCGUACUCUGGCAAGCAGUGCAGCGUCAUCUUCCUCCUCCCCAACAAGAACGAUCUCCAGACCUCUGACUUCACCAUGACUGGCUCCGGCGGUAUCAAGUUUGACCAGCUCACCUCUCCUGCCCCUUUGAGUGUCAGCUAUGCAUCCUGCCCUGCCGUCAAGUCGAACCUGAACACAAUUGACGAUGUUACCCCUGGAAACAGCUACGUGGUUUCUUCAGGCGCUUGCGCUGCUGGUCAGACUGUUUCCAUCCUUGCCAGCUCCACCGGUGGUCUUGACCUUUCCGUAAGUUUUUCUCACGUUCUCAUACAUGUUUUGACACUAAUUAAUGGUCGGAAAUAG